AUGAAAGAACAACUAGUUUGGUUAUGUUGGCAGGCGGCAGCAGGUGUAGACACCACCCACUUAACUCUAACCUGGAUUUUAUCUUUACUCCUAAACAACUACCAAUCACUAAAAAAAGCCCAAGGUGAGUUAGACACUCAUGUUGGCAAGAGUAGAUGGGUCCAAGAAUCAGACAUCAAGAACUUAGUUUAUCUUUAUGCUAUUGUUAAUGAAUUGUUACGCUUAUAUUCACCUACACUGCUCUUGGUUUCCCACGAAUCGAUUGAGGAUUGUGUUGUUAGUGGCUAUGAUAUAACAAAAGGGACUCGCUUAUUCGUGAAUGUAUGGAAGUUUCAUCACGAUCCUAAAAUAUGGCCAAAUCCACAUGAGUUUAAGCCAGAGAGGUUCCUAACGACGCACAAGGAUGUUGAGGUAAGAGGUAAUCACUUUGAGUUGAUUCCAUUUGGUAGCGGAAGACGAAUGUGUCCUGGAGUUUCUUUGGCCCUUCAAGUUAUGCACUAUGCGUUAGCUGUGUUGCUACAAGGGUUUGAAAUUAAGAGACUUUCAAAUGAAUCAGUUGACAUGAGUGAGAGCUUUGGACUGACAACUCAUAAGGCUUCUCCAUUCGAAGUUCACGUUACUCCACGUUUGGAUUCUAAUAUUUACGAAUGA